CAGUCGGUGCCCUGGCAACAUGGCGGCGUGGAGCACGUUGAUACGUUCUGCGGGUGAAAAAUUGCAGAAAACUCGCUUCUUGCUGCCCAAGAGCCUUGUCAACAAUGUUGUCGCCAAUCAAGUUCCAUCUCGUGCCAUGUCUGGCCACUUUGUCAUUCAACCGACUAGAUGGCAAUGGCACAAGACAAAAGACUUGGUCCAUUUCUACUUCAUGGUAGCGGCCAUACCAUUGAGCAUCCUCACCUUCUGCGUAAACAUCUUUGUCGGGCCUGCUACCCUUACUCCGAUCCCAGAAGACUACGAGCCCAAAUAUUGGGAAUAUUACAGACACCCUAUUACUAGAUUUCUCGCUCGUGUCAUCUUCAACAAUCCACAAAAAGAUUAUGAAAAGUCUCUUCAUGUAAUCUGGCACGAAUCACAGGUCAUGAAGCUUAGAGAAUUGGAAAAGAAGGUCUGGGACUUGCAAGCCCAGCGACAAGAUUACAGAUACCACUUCUUCCUACCAUACGACACCACUGCUGUGCGCGAUUUCCGAGAGCUGAUCAAACACGAUCGCGACAGCAUUGAAUAAAUGAUUGUAUCAAUGCAAGUGAACAUUUUACAAAGCUGCUGUUUGAUUUUGAACAUCGAUAACAAUGCAUAGCCCAAAGUGUGUUUUCAAUAUGCCAUUUUGAUAGAAAUCACCUUUGUCAGGGCAGCUUGUAAUAACGUAUGUUAUAAUGUAUAGAAUACAGUAGGAAAUAAUUGAUUGAUUGUUAACUCAGUGAAAAAUCAUCGUCUAACCUAGCUGAGAUAUUGAAUUAAUAAAUUAAAAUUAAAAAUUUGUAUGUCUAUUAUUCGAAAUUUUUUAAGAAAAAUUUUUAUCUAUAAUAAUUCCAAAUGAACAGAGAAUACUAAUGUCAAAUGAAUGCCAUGAUCUCGUGCUUUUAUUGAAUAUUUUUCUAUACAGAGUUUGGAAAUCUCGUUCAAUAAAUCUGCAGUGUAAAUUGUACUAACA